AUGGUGAAUGACAUCAAAACAGUUAACCCCAUAAACCAGUUAGUUAAGUUUGCGGAUGACAUGACAUUAGAAGUACCAGGGAAUGAAAACGGAGAUACAUCCCAAGCCGAAGUGGACAGUAUAGAAACAUGGUCUGAAAAUAAUCGAAUGUCCUUAAAUAUGGAAAAGACGUAUGAAAUGAUUGUUAGGAGAAAUAUCCCUACGCUGUUGCCUGAUCCUUUUCCAUUUAUUAAACGAAGGACGUGGUUAAAUAUUUUAGGAAUUACAUUACAGGAUCUCCCUUCCAAGUGGGACUUGCAUUUUGAUGAAAUGUUGAAAAAAGCCA